GUAACUGAGUGGUGAUUGUUUCUCAGGCAGGGUUAUUCUUCAAAGUUUUUACUUGUUUGGGAAUUCAUUUGUCAUAUUAUUUUAAAGUUUUAUUUUUGUGGACAACAAAUGUUUAAGAAAUUGACAAAUAUGCCCAGAAAGUAAUAGUCGUUUGUAAUUAUAGAGAUUUUCAGAUCUUAUACCAGGCGAUUAUGAUUAUAUGGCACAAUAUAUAUCUCGUUUGUGCAACGCGCAAGGCUAUCGUAGCUGGAUCUGAAUGUUUGGUACUGUUUACAUAUAUCGUAUUGAACUGCUGAAGCUUAGGAGUGAUUGAUAUUUUUAAGGUUGGAAAGCAAUAGAUGGAACUCGGAAAGAAAAGAUUUGCCUUUUUUGCUCUUGGAUAUUUUGAACGCUGUUUUAAGAUAUAAAGGUGGUCGGAUGCCUGGUGUAAGAACUACAGAUAGACGUCGACUGCAAAAUAUUUCAUCAACUUCAUCAUUAGCACCCCGCGUUGUGCUUUCACGGUUGGAGCCAAGAGAAUUUGAACACCUAAAGCUAUCAUAUAAAGUAGCUCUUAUUGACCAAAGAAAAUCCAGAAGCUGCCGUGGUAUGAACAUGGGCCAAAAAAUAAGUGGAGGUGCAAAAUCAGUUAGCCGAAAUGACUCACAGGCGAACUUUAAACCAAUAAUACCACGUGAACUCGCAGCUGACUUCAUAAAGCCUACGCGAUUAGAUAUUUUGUUGGAUAUGCCUCCUGCAAGUAAAGAGGUGCAAUUGAAACAUUCGUGGAAUUCUGAAGAUAGAUCACUAAAUAUAUUCGUAAAAGAAGAUGAUAAACUGACAUUUCAUAGGCAUCCUGUUGCCCAGAGUACGGAUUGCAUACGAGGAAAAACAGGCCUUACAAAAGGCCUACAUAUAUGGGAAAUUUAUUGGCCAACAAGGCAAAGAGGUACCCACGCAGUAGUGGGAGUAGCUACAGCUGAAGCGCCUUUACAUUCAGUCGGCUACCAAAGCUUAGUGGGUUUGUCAGAUCAAAGUUGGGGUUGGGAUUUAGGAAGAAAUAAACUAUAUCAUGAUUCUAAAAACUGUGCUGGAAUAACCUAUCCAGCCAUUCUUAAAAAUGAUGAAGCCUUUUUAGUCCCGGAUAAAUUUUUAGUUGCUUUGGACAUGGACGAAGGUACAUUAAGCUUUAUUGUUGAUCAGCAAUACCUCGGAGUUGCAUUUAAAGGGCUCAAAGGAAAAAAACUUUAUCCCGUCGUUUCUGCUGUUUGGGGCCACUGUGAAAUUACAAUGACAUACAUUGGUGGAUUGGAUCCUGAACCACUACCAUUAAUGGAUUUAUGUAGAAGAACCAUUCGCCAAAAAGUAGGACGUGUACAUUUAGAGGAGCGUAUUCAAGAGCUACAACUCCCUCUAUCUAUGAAGAAAUACCUACUGUACAAAAAUCGAAGAUAAUACCUUAAUAUAAUUACUUAAGAUAUAAUUUACAUUUAAAGUAACUUCAUUGUCAAAUAGUAUCGUUAAAGCUGCUGAUGUUGCCACUAUUACAUGCGUAAGAUCUCCAAAAAUUUGAUCUUUUUACAAUAACAAACGUAUUAAGUGUAAUUAUAGCAUUCUUUACUUUUGACACAAAUCAUAAAUUCAUAUUAAAUAAUAUUUUUAUUAGAUAAGCCUAAAAGUAUCUGGAACAUGCGUUCUCGCUUCACUAUGUAAGGAAGCUUUUAAUAUAGGAUAGAGAAGAGCUGUAGGCAUAAUUAAGAUUGUUUAUUUCAAUUAUAUAAUAAAUUCACCUAAGCAUAUAUUCCUUGCAGUAAAACAAUGAUUGUAAUAAUUUAUAAAAAUAUUUGAAUGGGCAUCAUUAUUUUGCUAUGAACUAUCAGUAAAAGGACAUAUGAUAUUAAAACAUGUAAGCUCUUCAUUAGCGAACUCAUAUGUUUGUUUAAUAAUAUAAUUUGUCAUAUGGUAAUAUAGAGUUUUGCAUAUUUUUCAA